UUGUUCUGUGAUGGUUGUGGUGUGUCUUGGAAUUUGCUACCAAACACACCUGGUGUUCUAUUUACUCUGGCAAGCAGGGGAUUUUUUUUUCCUUUUUCUUUUUAAAAUUCCAGGAUGAAUUAUUCAUCAUUACUUAGAAUUUGGGUCUCUUUCAUCUUCGCACUUGUACAGCACCAAGCCCAGCCCAGGGAGCUCAUGUAUCCAUUUUGGCAGAAUGACACCAAAACCCCUAAAGUAGACGAUGGGAGCUCAUCUGAGAUUAAGUUGGCCAUCCCUGUUUUCUUCUUUGGUGUUCCUUACCGCACCGUCUAUGUCAAUAACAACGGUGUUGUUUCCUUCAACGUGCUAGUGAGCCAGUUUACGCCAGAGUCCUUUCCCCUGACGGAUGGGAGGGCCUUCAUUGCUCCAUUUUGGGCAGAUGUGCACAAUGGAAUUCGGGGGGAGAUCUAUUACAGAGAGACCAUGGACCCUGCCAUCUUGAGAAGAGCCACCAAGGACAUCAGGAAGUACUUCAAAGACAUGACAACCUUCUCUGCUACUUGGGUUUUCAUUGUGACCUGGGAGGAAGUCACCUUUUAUGGAGGCAGCAGUACCACUCCUGUGAACACUUUCCAGGCCGUGCUGGUGUCUGAUGGCUCGUACACAUUCACACUCUUUAAUUACUAUGAAAUCAACUGGACUACUGGGACAGCAAGUGGUGGUGACCCCCUGAUAGGCCUUGGAGGUGUGAUGGCACAGGCGGGAUUUAAUGGUGGAAACCUCACGAAUUUCUUCAGCCUUCCAGGGUCAAGAACUCCUGAGAUUGUAAAUAUCCAAGAGACCACGAAUGUCAAUGUUCCAGGCCGCUGGGCAUUUAAAGUUGAUGGAAAGGAAAUUGACCCGGCCAAUGGCUGCACCUCCAGGGGACAGUUCCUUCGGCGAGGGGAGGUGUUUUGGGAUGACCUGAACUGCACCAUCAAGUGCCGCUGUCUGGAUUUUAACAAUGAGAUCUACUGUCAGGAGGCCUCCUGUAGCCCCUACGAGGUGUGCGAACCCAAGGGCCGCUUCUUCUACUGCAGCCCUGUGGAGACCAGCACCUGCGUGGUGUUUGGGGAGCCACACUACCACACCUUUGAUGGCUUCCUCUUCCACUUCCAAGGCUCUUGUGCUUACCUAUUGGCCCGGCAGUGUCUACAAACUUCCAGCCUCCCCUUCUUCAGUGUGGAGGCCAAGAACGAGCACCGAGGGGGCUCUGCUGUCUCGUGGGUGAAGGAGCUCUCUGUUGAGGUCAAUGGCUAUAAGAUUCUCAUCCCUAAAGGAAGCUAUGGAAAAGUCAAGGUUAAUGACCUAGUGACUUCUUUGCCAGUCACCUUAGAGUUGGGGGCUGUGAAAAUCUACCAGAGUGGCAUGUCUACUGCUGUGGAAACAGAUUUUGGGCUCUUAGUGACGUUUGAUGGCCAGCACUACGCCUCCAUUUCCAUCCCAGGCUCUUAUAUAAACUCCACCUGUGGGCUUUGUGGGAACUACAAUAAAAACCCACUGGAUGACUUCCUCCGCCCAGAUGGCAGGCCUGCCAUGUCGGUGCUGGACCUGGGAGAGAGCUGGCGUGUCUACCAUGCUGACUGGAAGUGUGGCUCUGGCUGUGUGGACAAUUGUACUCAGUGUGAUGCUGCUACCGAGGCCCUCUACUUUGGUUCUGACUACUGCGGCUUCCUCAACAAGACAGAUGGCCCCCUAUGGGAGUGUGGCACUGUCGUGGAUGCCACGGCUUUUGUGCACAGCUGUGUGUACGACUUGUGCAGCGUAAGGGACAACGGCACGCUCCUCUGCCAAGCCAUUCAGGCCUACGCCUUGGUGUGUCAAGCCCUGGGCAUCCCAAUUGGAGACUGGAGAAUCCAAACUGGGUGUGUGUCUACCGUGCGGUGCCCAAGUUUCAGCCAUUACUCUGUGUGCACCAGUAGCUGCCCUGACACCUGUUCGGACCUGACGGCCUCUCAGAACUGUGCCACACCUUGCACGGAAGGUUGUGAGUGCAACGAGGGCUUUGUCCUCAGCACCAGCCAAUGUGUCCCGUUGCACAAAUGCGGCUGUGACUUCGAUGGCCACUACUAUACCAUGGGGGAAUUCUUCUGGGCCACAGCCAAUUGCACAGUGCAGUGCUUAUGUGAGGAGGGAGGGGAUGUCUACUGCUUCAACAAGACCUGCCGGAGUGGGGAGGUGUGUGCUGUGGAGGAUGGAUACCAGGGCUGCUUCCCCAAGCGGGAGACUGUGUGCCUGCUCAGCCAGAACCAGGUGCUACACACAUUUGAUGGUGCCGCCUACGCAUUCCCAUCUGAGUUCUCUUACUCGCUACUCAAGACCUGCCCCGAGCGUCCUGAGUACUUGGAAAUUGACAUCAACAAGAAGAAGCCUGAUGUCGGGCCUGCUUGGCUCCGGGGUCUUCGGAUCCUCGUGGCUGACCAAGAGGUCAAGAUAGGAGGAGUCGGGGCUUUGGAAGUCAAGGUCAACAAUGAGCGGUUGUACCUGCCUCUGAAGUUAGGACAAGGGAAGAUAAACAUCUUUUCUUUUGGCUUUCACGUGGUGGUGGAAACUGACUUUGGCCUGAAGGUUGUGUAUGACUGGAAAACUUUCCUGUCCAUCACUGUUCCCCGGAGCAUGCAGAACAACACCUAUGGCCUUUGUGGACGCUACAAUGGCAACCCCGAUGAUGACUUGGAAAUGCCCAUGGGGUUGCUUGCACUGAGUAUCAAUGAGUUUGGGCAAAGCUGGGUGAAGAGAGACACCUUCUGCCAGGUGGGCUGUGGGGACCGCUGCCCAUCCUGUGCCAAAGUUGAAGGUUUCUCCAAAGUACAACAGCUGUGCAGCCUCAUCCCCAACCAGAAUGCUGGCUUUGCCAAGUGUCACAGCAAAGUCAACCCCACCUUCUUCUACAAAAACUGUCUGUUUGACUCCUGUAUCGAUGGAGGUGCUGUACAGACGGCCUGCAGCUGGCUACAAAACUAUGCCAGCACCUGCCAGACUCAAGGGAUUGCAGUGACUGGCUGGAGGAACUACACAUCCUGCA